CAAAACAAAACUUAAGGAAAGACGUGAGACGAGAUCGCUAUAUUCUGUCACUCCGCUGCGGUCCCGGUAAAGAGAUGGAGGUUCAGUGUUGGGGGGACAGCUCCAAUGGGCAGUUUGGACAGAGAAAGAUCGUGUUUAGUCCCGUGACCUGUAAUGUCCCCGAAAUUAUUUCUAAGAUCUCGUGUGGAGAGGACCACUCUUUAUUUCUAACCCAAAAUGGUGACGUUUUAUCCUGCGGACGCAACACGUACGGACAACUGGGCCGCGAGAUCAGCAAGAAGGGAGCUCCAAUUGAGCGCAUUCAGGACCUGUCUCAGGUGGUGGCAGUGGCGUGUGGGCAGGAGCACUGUGUGGUCGCUUGUGCCUCUGGGAUAGUGUUCUCUUGGGGGGCAGGAAAUGAUGGACAGCUGGGAGUCCCACCUGAUGAACUGGGCAACAUGUACAGGCCCUGUCAUGUGCCCAUGCCACUGCCAAUACCAGUGAUACAAGUGGCUUGUGGAAGAUCCCAUUCUUUGGCUUUAACUAAAGGUGGAGAUGUGUUUUCCUGGGGUCUGAACAACCAUGGGCAGCUGGGCCUGGGAAAGACGAUCUCUCUGCAGUACACUCCUCUGUUGGUGUAUUCUCUGAGCGGAGUAGCUGUGAGCAUGAUUGCAGCUGGUUCCAAAUAUUCGCUGUUUCUCACUCUGUCUGGCCUGGUGUACUGCUGCGGUGCUAAUGAUGUGGGACAACUCGGACUCAACCGCGUGGACGAGAAAGGGAGGUUCAACACCUGUGUCAUACCUGCCCUGCGACAUCUUGGUGUGUCUUUUAUAAGCUGCGGAGAAGCACACUCUGCAGUUUUAACCAAGAAUGGCCAAGUUUUCACAUUUGGAGAUGGCUCCCGUGGUCAGCUGGGGCACAACUCUACAGCCAACGAGCUGAUGCCUAAACAAGUUCAAGGUUUGGAUGGACACAUCUCGCAGAUCGCCUGUGGAAGAUGUCACACCUUGGUUUUGAGCUCCUCUGGUCAGCUUUGGGCAUUUGGCGAUGGGGCCAAAGGUCAAAUGGGAAAUGACCAACCAGAAAAUAGUCUGACCCCCUUAGAAGUUCAGCUAACGAGAGCAAAGUUUGAGCCAUCAGACUUGAAAAUAUCAGCUGGCUGGAACACAAACUUUGCCUACACCUCACAGAGUCCAAGUGUAAAUCCAAUUAUUGGGCGACUUGAGGAGGCAAAACUGCAAAGAUGGUUGUCAACAUGUCAAAUGACUGAAGAUAUAGAGAAAGACCUUGUGGGGAUGUUUUACACAUGUUCAAGUCUUGUUGCGAGCUUUACAAAGCCUGAUGGCUCUGUCAUUGAAGCAGAGAGUCUAACUGUGGAUCUGGAGAGAGCUAGUAAAACACUGGACAAGAUGGUGGCAAUAUCCUGGAUCAAAAACGCAAUGAAGUUUGAAAUAUUGAUCAGCAUUCUCUUGGAUUCAAGACUUGUUCUAAGAUCUCCAGAGAUCAUCCUGCUUGUGUUGAGCUGCCCAACACUGCAGGAGGAUUCAGUUGUCAUGAAUGUGGUGUUGCCAUUGGCCAUCAUUAUAGCUGAUUUACAAGAGAGCAAUAGAUCACAACUGCGAAAGUGGUGGUCUUCACUUUCUCCUUCAAUUCUGAUGAAGCAUGUUUUAGCUUUCAAAAAUGCACUUAUUUUUAUGUUGAAAAAUGGCCUUCUGAAGACCCAUAACCCUGGGGUCAAAUACCUGCUGAAUGUCCUCCAACUACUCUUCAAGGCAAACAAAUCUAGAAAGGUCUACCAACUCCCACUCAGCACUUUUUACGUUGAAGAAAUCACUUUAUGCUGUGAGCCACAGGAAGAUGUGCUUAUUUGGGUUCACUUGUCAAAGCAAAAGGAUGAUGCCAAAACACCUGUCAGCUUCUGCAACUACCCUUUUGUGCUGCCUCUCAUCUGCAAGCUUGCCGUCUUCAGAAUGAUAACCACCACAGUAAAGGAAGUCCACCAAGCUGCACACUAUCUGUAUAAUGCAUGGUCACCUAUAUGGAAGUCUCUUGAUUUGCCGGACUCUGCUCCUGCCCCAGUCUUUCAGCUGACCCUGAGACGACCUCACCUGGUGGAGGACACCUUCAGGCAGCUCAGCACAACGGAUGAGGAAGCCUUUAAAAGAGAACUAGUGGUGCAGUUUGUGGAUGACAGAAAACAGACCCUUGUGAAUAGAAGGGAUUUCUUUCUCCACAUCUUUGAAGAACUGAUGACUCCAGAGUCUGACAUGUUCAUGCACAACGACAGCAAGACUCUGUUUUGGUUCCCUCCCAAGCCGCAGGUGUCAGAGAGGCAGUACUAUGUGUUUGGUAUUCUCUGUGGACUGGCGCUCUAUAAUCUGAACAUCAUCCAUCUGCCGUUCCCGCUGGUCCUCUUCAAGAAACUGCUCCGAGCCAAGCCCUCUCUGGAAGACAUGAAGGAGUUUGAGCCUAUCAUGGCCAAGUCAUUUCAGUGCAUCCUGCAGGAGUACUCGCCAGAAGUGAUUGAAAGUCUGAAUGCAACCUUUACUGUGAAUUGGGGAAAUGAAGUUACAGAGCUUGAUCCAAAUGAACCUGGAAAACCUGUCACAAGUUCAAACAAAAAAGAGUUUGUGGAUACCUUCAUUAACUACGCCUUCAAAACGUCAGUGGCUAAAGUGUAUGAAGCCUUUCAGAGAGGGUUUUUCAAAGUGUGUGACGUGAAUGUGGUGGAUCUGUUUGAGCCUCAGGAGCUGCAGGAUGUGAUGGUGGGACAGGAGUCCUGGGAGUGGGACACCCUUAAGCAGAAUACAGAAUAUCAAGGAGGGUACCAUGCUGAUCAUCCAACCAUUGUUACGUUUUGGGAAGUUUUUGGAGAUCUGACGGAAGAACAAAAGAAGGGCUUCUUUCUGUUCGUAACAGGUUACAGUCGUGUGCCCUUUAUGGGGAUGAAGAGCAUAAGGAUGACCAUCACCCUGAUGCCAGAAGGCACAGAAUAUCAUUUGCCAGGAGCCCUCACCUGCCACACCCUGCUGCAGCUGCCCCUGUACCAGAGAUACCCUGUGGAAAGAACCAUGAAGGCCCGCCUCAUUCAGGCCAUCAAUCACAACAGAGGCUUUUGGAAAGAAUAGUCCACAUAACAAAACAUGUAUCUUCCUUCUUAUGCAUGCAAGAGAUAUUUAUUGUUUAGUGUUGAAGUACUGCUAUGUCAUUUCUUCAUCCUGUUUCUAUAGAUAUACCGUUGUUAGUACUGACAGUAGUAUACAGUGUAAAAUAUCACUUGGUUAAUGAAUUACUUGACAUGUUCUGCAUCAUGUAUUCAAAUAACAAGUACCAUAAGUGUGUGUGUUAUUUUUCUUUUUUACAAUAUCUGAAAAGUUUUAGUUUUUGUAUUUAGAUUACAAAAAUAUAAAGAGGAAAGCAGGGGGCAGAUGUAUGGUGAGAUUAUAUUUGUUAAGGUUAUUCUAACAGUGGCACAGAAAUAAAGGACUCCAAAUAACAAGAACAGAUAGUUUGAAUGUUUAUGAAUAGUAAAUAAUAGCUUAAAUGUAUGGCUGGGGAGGUUUUUUGAAUCUAUUAUUGAACACAGAAGACAAUGCCUAGUGGUGAAGAUAAAAAUAAAAAUACACAAAAAUAUAUCUUAGUCUCAAAUAUUUUAUUUCUGAGAACAGUCACUUCAGUGCAUUUUAAUUUAAACACAUUUAGAAAAAUGUUUGCUGAGAGUAAACUUGUUAAGACAAUGGAAAAACAGUUUAAAUCUUCAUUCAAGCAGUUGGCAUUUGCACAUGUAUUGAAAUAUGGAGCAAAUAUUGCACUACUUAAACAAAACCCUGUGCUUCAAUAGUACUUGAAAGCUGUUGCAUAUCUUAAUAAAACCGUUUCAACAAGUUCAA